AUUUUGCACGCAAAUAUUCACAGGAUUGCUCUAUGCACAAUUUUGCCGUAUAGGGAUAUCAAUCUUUCCUUCGCCAACUUGGUUUUGCGUUCCGCAGCUACCGAUGAUGGUGUCGGGUUUGUUGGUGAAAUAUUGUUCCUUUUCGUGAAGCUCACAUAAGUUACAAAUGAGAUAAGAUGAUGAUUCACUAGUUCACAUUGUUUAGCUGCAGAAAUUUAGAUGCAUAACAAGUCGAUGGGAUCUAAAGAAAAGGACUCGUGGCUGACCAGAUGUUAUUUUCGUCUUUGAUGAAGCUUUAGAUAAGGACUACACUACCUGGAUUGGUUUCUCGUGAGUUGGCACGGCAAUGCAAGAGUCAGUCCAAGCAAAGACGAUUUCUUGUACCGAUGCAGUCAAGGUCUCACAAAUCGUGAUGAUCGCCUUGGUUAUGGUGGGAUCCGUGAUAGGGAACAGUAUGAUAUGUGUUUUACUCAUUAGGUUUAAGACUCUACGAACAGUGACGAAUGUUUUGAUCGCGAACUUAGCUGUCGUCGACAUCCUCAACGCUGUGACCAACAUGCCUCUCAUGAUCAUGUGGUACAUCUGCAAAGUGCCUUAUCUAAAUGGACGUGCAACAUCUUGGUUCAUUGUGACUUGGUACGUGCUGCUCAUGUACCUCACAGUGUUCAAUCUUACUGCGAUGACAAUGGACCGCUUUGGAGCCAUCGUCCACAGCAUUUGGUAUUACUCAUGGAAGUCAGUUAAAAAGGCGAAGGUAGCUGUGUUGAUGGUAUGGAUUCUUGCCGCUGCCUAUACGUAUGGAAUGUUUGUUUUGGGUUUGGAUAUUGAUCUUGGAGACGCCCCUGUUUUGGUUUACAGGAAACACUAUUUCAAAAAUUUCGGAAGGCUUUUCAUCAUUCCUGGAUACCUCGUUCCGUUCAUGAUUAUGCUCUGCGCGGGUGCAUACAUUUGGUAUUCUGUGCACCAACACAACAAACGUAUCUCUACGUUUUGUUCGAUUGGGAAGCGCUUUAAAAACGACGUGAAAACUGCGAAGACGAUAUGUUUAACUGUGAUGGCGUUUCUCCUGAUGGGUGUUUUACCGAUGUUGUUACACAAUAUCUCCAAAAUCCAUGGUACAUGGUCUCAUUUCCUCGCGUAUUUCCUCGGGCAUUUGAACGGCAUGGCGAAUCCUAUUAUCUAUGCACUUAAGACUCAGAGGUUUCGCAAAGCUUUUGUGUUGCUCUUUAAGGAUCCUUUGGGAAAGUCACAGCCUCAGAUGACUUCAAAUAAUCCGACAGAUCUAUGUGCCCUUUCAAGAAUCGCUCCACACAAUACAGACGUCUGCAGAAAGAUCAACUAUAUAUAAGUGGAUUUUAUAGCAUUAACUGAAAUCAAGAAAGGGAAAUGCUUGUUCACAAUUUUGGCCUCAUUUGCCUUAUAGGAUCAUAAGCAUCUGACUAUAACUGUCGACAACUCCGGUUCAAAAGAUUAGUUAUUAU